AAAACGCACAGCGUGAUAUAAUGCUGCGUACGGAAGAACCUUGCUCAACAGACAGCAAGAAUUGGAGGAACAUUCGAGUAGUUAACAUUUGUUAUUUCCAUUAUUACACAUGGCUAACGGGCAUGUGGAAAUCCACGACCCCAUUUCCAGCUACACUGACCACACUGGCAACACAGACUCUGAAACUUCCUCAGACACAAACAACAUGGAGGACACUCAGGAAUACAGGCUCCUUAUGGCCUACGCAACCAGGAGGCAGUCAAAAAAGAGGACUGAGAAGGAUACACAGCACAUCCAAGUCGUAGAAAGCGGAUGCAGCGAUGCAAAUGGAACAACUCCAUCUCAGACACUAACCCAAGCUGAAACAGUAGAGACACCAGAGAAAAGAAAGGAUAAGAAGAAAAAGAAGAAGGGAUGGAAACGUGUGGCAUCUAUGUUCAGAUGUAUUAAACCUCAGACAGACGACAACGAAAGAACAGCCAACUUAUCCCGGUCAUCAGGGAAUCUGCAUGACGUCAAUCUAAGAUGUUUUGAUCCUGGAAAUGCUGAAGAUGAGAAUGAGUUGGAUGAUGUCGCAAACCGACUGACGAAAAUUGCUGAUGAAAUCCCGCUCAGUCCCUCAGAGCUGUGCACGGACUCAGUGCAAGAUAAGGAUGAGGAUAAGGUGGAGAAGAUCAUCGGCCUGCUGCUGAGGGAAAAAGGAGAUAAAUUAGACAAGAUGCUGAGAGAAGCCAAAAUAGGAGCAGACCUUUUCUUGAACUACAGCUUCUUCGAGAAGGUGAUUAACACCUUCCUCACGACGACAGGCUUCAGGAGCUCCAACCCGAGCGGUCUGGGACCACAAGCAUCACAAAAAACUCAGAUCGCCAUGACCUGUGAGAUCACCAGCCGUCUCUCAGCAGUGGACAUGCUGCCCAUGAGCCGCAUGCUGCACCACGGGGCCAGAUACCUGCAGGUCUAUUAUUCAGGCUGGGCGCAGCAGCAGGGCGGCUAUGAGGCAGCCAUUGAAAGUGAUGAUGAGGAAGUUGAGUGAUCAGAAGUUGUCCUGCUCUACAGCGCCUCCUUCAGGCGAACCUAUGUUAGUGAACAGUUCCCCCCAGUUGCACUUGACUGCAGCCUCUUAUUUAUGUGUGAAGGACCUAGGGGAACGUUAAAUUCUUAAGGAAAAGAAGUCAGACUUCAGAGAUUUUAUAUUUUAUAAUGUGAAAUCAUUGUAUUUGUGCUAAACCUGUGCAGCCAAAGGGCAAUACAUCUGUCUAAAGGACAGUCAGGGACCACAAGCCGAAGAAGAAAUUAUUCUUGCACUAUUACAACUUGUCCUCAUGAUUAAACUGUUGUAAGAACCAGGAAAAAGCCAGGUUUUAGGAGUUUUUUUAUAUUUUUGGUGUGAAGGACAAAUCAGCAGGUUUAGUUCAUGUUGAAUGUAUUAAUCAGCAUUUGCACUUUUUUCCCAGAAAUAUUUAAGACAACAGAUGCAGCAAAUUGUAUUGUGUGAAAUGUUAUUUUUGUUGUUGCAAAUUGCAAUAAUGAAUAAAGAACAUUGUACAAUGUCA